AUGGGCUCCCCCACGGCACUCGAGGACGAUAAGUCCCCAACCAAGAGCUCGGAUAACAACGAGGGAAACGGCAACGAGGAUUCGAACCGCAAGAAGGCGAACGCGAGGAAAAGGACCAAGACGGGCUGUCUUACCUGCCGGAAACGCCGCAUCAAAUGCGAUGAGGGACGGCCCAUUUGCAAUAAUUGCAUCAAAUCGAAGAGGCAUUGUGAGGGUUACAACCAGCGUGUCAUCUUCAAAGACCCCAUCGCAUCCUUCAACCUCAAUGGCGUCUACGGCCCCGUCGUCUACCCUCCCGAGUCGUCAAACUCGUCUUUCCAGCGUCUUCCCAACCCUCCGCCAAAGCCUUCCAACGGGCCUCCUUUGGCCCCCAUAGCCCCCAAGCCACCACAACAUCUGGACUUUCAGGGGCAGCCGAUGCUUCACUAUGGCCAAGGCUUCCCUGCCCAGCAGCGCCUGAGCCAACUUCAGGGCCAACCCCCGCCGGCAUCCUUCGACUUCAACCAGUUUCCGUAUGGAGAGCAGCACAUGCACUCAAGCCCGUCAAUUGUCUCGCCGGCCGGCCAGUUCCAGGCGCAAUUUGGUGGGCAUCGGAGCAGCCUGGUCAGUCCCAACACGGAUAGCGGCGCAUUCGUUCACAGCCCGACAGAGCCAUGGAGAGAACAAGCAACGGUAGCAGCACCAGGGCAUGCGCGCGUGGAGCAGAUGGGCGUGUUCUCCGAUCACAACGCGGCUGCCCAGGGAAACCAACUCGCAGACAACGCCGAGAUGGAGUAUCUAUACUCGGAGGAUGACGAAUCUAUGCCCGACUCGGAUGACGCUUUCGAGGAUGCGAUGGGCGAGGAGAGCGCCUACGGCCAGCUAGUGCAGAGCCGCAACGAUGGCCCCUGGGAUGGCUUUGGAACCAGGAUGAGAACCUUUUCCUCCUUUGCCGAUGAAGCCAUCCUUACGUCGUACAUACCCACGCCAAACCACUCGCCACUCAAUGACGAGCGAACAGCCGCUUUGUUCUGGCAUUUCAUCAACGUCACAGGACCAAGCAUGUCUCUGUACGAGAGGCAUCCUUUUGACCACUCGAAGCUGGCGAACAACUACUCGGUGCCCAAGGCCGGUCACAACAUCUGGACAUACACUUUCCCCAUCAUAUCCUUCACCCACCCAGCGCUCCUUCAAGCCAUGCUGGCCCUGGGGGCGUUGCAAAUAGCCAAACUGCAGAAAGUCCCGCCAAUGGCGGCCAUGAAGCAUUAUCACCUCGCCAUCCGCAGAAUCGCAAAGAACCUGCGGAGCCCCAAGAGGAGAACGCAACCCGCCACGCUAGCGGCUUCCCUCCUGCUUGGGUACUUUGAAGUGUGGAACUCGGAUCACACAAAAUGGUGCAACCAUCUGUUCGGGUCUAGGCUCCUGAUCAGGGAGGUGCCGUUCAGGCAGAUGACCAAGAACAUCCUGCCGCUGAAGAGGGCCAGGAGAGCGUUGUUCCAGGAAAACCAGAGCCAGCAGCCAGACCCCUUUUUCAUGGGCCACGACAACACACACAUGAUGAGCCACGACCUGGACGACCUCGACCUCGGCCUUCUCAGCAGGAUCACAAACCAGCACGUUUCAUACGAGGAUGAUGAACCACCUAUAGGUAACUACUACACGGAUCGGGACAUUGAGCAUUAUGAACACCUCCGAGACUUGUACUGGUGGUACUGUAAGAUGGACGUCUACCAGAGCGUGUUAGGAGGAGGGAAACCAUUUAUGGAUUACCAGCACUGGACCCAGUGUCCGCCACGAGCGCCGAUGGGCCAGCUCGAGGCCAUAUACGGGACGUACGACCACCUAAUGCUGCUACUCGGACGUCUGUGCAGCUUCGCAGCGAAGGACCUCCCGAGGAAACGCAAAUCGUUCAAGGGCUUCGGACCUCCUGGCGGGCGGCCAGGAGGACCACCAGGGGGCCCGCCGGGCCCGCCACCCAACGCGGGUGGACCGCCCAAAGGAGGAGGCCAGGGAUGGCCCCCGCCAGGGAUGGCAGGUGGUAUGCCCGGAGGCGAUCCGCGCCCCGGGAUGAUGGGCAUGCCGCCCGGGGGCAUGCCGGGAGGGCAGCCCGGAGGCGGCGGACCGCCACCAGGAAUGAUGCCCGGUGGCAACGGCGGCUCGCCUCCCAUGUUCCCCGGCAUGCUCCCGAACCUCGGCAAGGUGACGUUGCCGAUGGGCUUCUCGCCGCCGCGGGACGAAACCCCGCCGCCGGCGGGGGAAGAAGCGCCGGAAGAUCUCGACUCGAACAUGGCGGCGGACGCCGCGAUGCGCGAGUGGGAGUCCCUCCGCGAGGCGUUCGAGGUCCUUCGGUCCCGGUUCGGCCCGGAAUUCCAGCCCCUGGGUGCCGAAUACGCCGACCGGAGGGACUCGCCGUUCGGGCCGACGCUGCAGUACCGCACCUUCUCCGUGGCCGGCAUCUGGAUGAACUACUACAUGGGGCUGAUCCACCUGUACCGCGCGCACCCCAAGAUGCCGCCCGCCGCCAUGAUCGCCGCGGGCGUCCAGGAGCAGCACACGGCCAGGUUCGCCGUCGAGAUUGGGCGGAUCGCCGCUGGGUUGACGGACGACUGCGCCAACGCCGUCGAGAUCAGCACCCUCGUCGGCGCGGCGCUGAUCGAGAGCUCGUUUUGUCUGUUUGUCGGCGGGAUCCAGUACAAAGACAACGCCCAGCGGCAGUGGGUCGUCAGGCGCAUGUACGACAUCUCCCGGCUCACGGGCUGGCAGUCGGCGCGGCAGAUCGCCGAGGGCUGCGAGUCCGGGUGGAAGAAGGCGGCCGCGAUGGGGCGGGGUCCGCCGUACGUGCGCGACCCGGACCUGCAGCCCGCCGUGCCGCCGCCCGUGUGGUCGAACCCGCGGAGGAUCGGCGACCGCCUCGAGCAGCUCGACAGCAACGACUCGAUGCUCGUCGUGGCCAAGUCCGAGAGGGCCUUUUACGCCCUCGGCUUGCUGAGCGUCGAGCAGGAACUGGAGAGGCUCGUCAUCAAGGAAGAGGGGUAA